AUUUAAUAAAUAUAGGAUUGCGCACACCAUUAAUUUGAAUGAAACCUAUGUGGCCCACGUUUUCUCCCCGUGUCCAAUGGAAUUCCCAUAUUAGACGGGGGCCCACUAACCCAAAUUACCCUCAAGCCUUCACUGGUUGUAGGCUACGCACAAUGGGCCUUUGUAUGAGUAUAAGGGGGCUUGACGACAAUGAUAUGCCUCUUUCACAGCCCAUCGACAUUUUUGUUCCAGGUGGAGGCCGUUUUGAGCAAGAGCCAAAAGGAAAUAACGGACCCUGCCGGAUUAUUCAACGGCAUCUUCGGCGCGUGCUCUCCCGUCGUCACCCAAAACCAGAGCCUCAACCGGCCGACCGAUCUCCUAGUGGUAGGGUGCCAUUCCCCCAGCCCAUUACCGAACAAUCCGCGCAUGAACGAGGCCGAUACCAGAGUCUCGCUACCUUUUUGGUCCAUCGUCCGGGAUCGGGUCCCAGAGGGCGGUACAAGACACUGUGAUCCCGACAUGGCGCAAGCGCACAUGUUUUCAUUGGGAAUUUUCGCA